AUGGGUGAUAACUCGAAGAAAUUCAUUUCAUCUGAUGAACUAAAGAAGCAUAACAAGGCUAAUGAUCUAUGGAUUUCUUUUCAGGGGAAAGUUUACAAUGUUACAGAUUGGGCUAAGGAACACCCUGGUGGGGAUAUUCCACUUCUGAAUUUGGCUGGGCAGGAUGUAACUGAUGCAUUCAUUGCUUUUCAUCCAGGUGCUGCAUGGAAGUAUCUUGAUAAAUUCUUUACAGGCUAUUAUUUACAAGAUUUCCAGGUUUCUGAGGUUUCCAGGGAUUAUAGAAAACUAGUUUCUGAUUUUUCAAAAGCUGGGAUGUUUGAGAAAAAAGGGCAUGGAGUGAUUUAUUCCCUUUGUUUCGUCGCAUUGUUGAUUUUUGCGUGUUUCUAUGGUGUUUUGUGCUGUGAUAGUUUCUGGGUUCAUAUGCUUUCUGGGGGAGUUUUAGGAUUUUCUUGGAUGCAAGUAGCUUAUUUGGGUCAUGAUUCGGGGCAUUAUCAAAUCAUGACUAGUCGUGGAUUUAAUAAGUUUGCGCAGAUUCUUACCGGUAAUUGCCUUACCGGAAUCAGUAUUGCUUGGUGGAAAUGGACUCAUAAUGCCCACCAUGUUUCGUGUAAUAGCCUUGAUUAUGAUCCUGACCUUCAGCAUUUGCCCCUUCUUGCGGUUUCUUCAAGAUUUUUUCAGUCUUUGAAAUCGCAUUUCUAUGGAAGAAAACUCACAUUUGAUUACAUGGCAAGGUUUUUUGUGAGUUAUCAGCACUUGACGUUCUAUCCUGUAAUGUGCGUCGCAAGAGUGAAUCUUUAUCUCCAGACUCUCUUGCUCUUGUUUUCGAAUAGAAAAGUGCCCGAUAGAGCCUUGAACAUAUUGGGAAUUCUUGUUUUCUGGACUUGGUUCCCUUUGCUUGUUUCUUGCCUGCCCAAUUGGAACGAAAGGGUUCUGUUUGUCCUAGUAAGCUUUUGUGUCACCUCGAUUCAGCAUGUACAGUUCUGUUUGAACCAUUUCGCUGCGAAUGUUUAUGUGGGAUCACCCAAGGGGAAUGACUGGUUUGAGAAGCAGACGAGUGGGACAAUUGACAUCGCAUGCUCCUCUUGGAUGGAUUGGUUCUUUGGUGGAUUACAAUUCCAGCUUGAACAUCAUUUGUUUCCUAGGUUGCCAAGGUGCCAUUUGAGGAAAAUUUCUCCUAUUGUCCAGGAACUAUGCAAGAAACACAGCUUGCCUUAUAAGAGCUUGUCGUUUUAUGAAGCCAAUGUGUGGACACUAAAGGCACUCAGAACUGCGGCCAUGCAGGCUCGAGAUUUCACCGACCCCGCACCAAAGAAUUUGUUAUGGGAAGCUGUUAAUACUCAUGGAUGA